UAUGAUCAUACCGUCUGGGGUCCUUGCAAUGGCAGCCUCCAAAACAGGCAACAAAAGGAAACUCGACGAUGUUGAAGCUAACGAUCCAUCAUAUGGUACCAGUGGAACUUUACCUAAAAAUGUUUCGUCAUGGAAUUUACAACAUUUAACAUCUAUUGGAAUUGCGUACGCCAAAAAAGGCUUCCAAUCGCCCUUACAUGUAUUAGAUAGCGUUCCGUUUAUCUGUAAGGAUAUUUCUGAAGAGUGUGAAACUUUUAUUAAUUAUUUAGCAGAGUGCAUUGAUUUCACAAUAACAACAAACAAGCAGGGAAUUAUAUUUGACGAAUCUAGAGAGGAUCAUUUGACUAGAAGACGUGAAUAUAGAUCUGAUGUAGCAAGAAAAAUGGUUGAAACUAUUGACCAGAAUUUGAAUAAGCUGAAGUUGAACUAUUUUAAGUUUGAGAAAGCAGCAUCAUUGGUAUCAAGGGAAAAUACACCAUUGAUAUAUGCAGCAGCAUUCCACUUUAUUCUUCGAGUUCGAGAGUUGAUAAUGAGAACAUUCAACGGGGAAAACAUAUAUGAACAGUUCUUCACAGAUAUGAUGCUAAAAUUUGGAGAGAUAUUCUGUCUGAUUUCUAAUUCCGGUGGUUCAAAAAGAAGGUUUUUUAGAGUUGGUGACAUUAUGGUUACAUCUGUUCCUGAUAUCCGUUACAGUUUGAUUGAUCUAAAAGAUCUUCCAUUUCAGACAGAAACUGUUGUUUCUAUAGUUGAGGUGAAAAGAAUGGGAAACAUUGACUGUAAUUAUGGUAACCGUCCAGAAACAAGAUCUUGUUGUUCAUUAAAAUCUUCUGAUGAUUUAUCUGCAACAGUAGGUCCAUUUUCAGUGUCUGUUGACCUUCCUGAAAGUGAUAGAGAUUCAACUUCCAAGUUAGGAUCCUCAUUUUCAAGAACUUUUCAGUUAUCGCCAAAAACAACCACUUCAUUGGUUUCAACUUCUGCAGAUCCAUCAGCAGUAACACCAGUUGCAUCCCUGGUUUCUGGCUCUCAUUCUUCAAUACUUUGUGACUUCAAUAUAAAUACCCUUGAUGCAGAAGUUCUAGGACAGCAUGGUGGAGAACUUCUUGCUGAAUAUGAAACUGUUGUAACUCGCCCCUAUGUUGUUGGAAUGAUUGUGCAUGGAACAAAGAUAAUUGUUACAUGUUUGAAACUAGAGGAAGAGGACUAUGAUGAAAUAAAACAUAAUGGUAAGCUUCCUGAAGAACAAUCAGUUAACAUCAGUUAUUCAAGACCAUUUGACCUGUUCUUUCCAGAAGAUCGGAAAAUUUUGUACAGAGUAUUUUUUAGACUAUCAGACAAAUGCUGUUCAAACUCUUCUACAAAGCUAACCAAGAAUACUGCAGUAGAUACUCAAAAUUAAGAAUUUUAUACAAAAUGGUAUAUUCAAAAAGUAGACAAAAAAUUACCAAAAGUUAAUUAAAGUAUAUAGAUCUCAAUUGUCAUACAAACUAUUAUGAUUAUGAAGUGUAGGUAUAUGUCACCCAUUUUUAGUUAAAUGGGACAACCUAUUGUUUGUUGGCUGCCCAUGAAUUGGUAAUUUUAAGGAAAUUUUGCGGUCUAUUAUUAUUAUCUUGAAUAUUUUUAUAGAUAGAGAAAAAUUGUAAACUGCAAUAGUGUUCAGCAAAGUAAGAUCUACAAAUAGGUCAAUCUGACCAUAAUGGUCAGUUGACCCCUUAAGGAGUUAUUUCUCUUUAUAUUCAAUUUUUAACAAUUUUUUGGUAAUUUUUCUUAUCUUUUUAAAAAAUCUUUUCCUCUGAAACUACUAAAACAAAUUUAACCAAACUUUGCUGCAAUCAUCAUAAUUGAUUAUAAGGGUAUUUAUUUUUAAAAUUGUAUCUGAUGACACUGCCCGCAUACCAAGAUGGAUGACAUGGGUAAAAAUAGUACAUCAGGUAAAGUGCAUUUUUUUGCUCAUAUCUCUGAAACCAAAGCUUGUAGAGCAAAUCUUGUAAUUUGGUCAAAAUUUAGCUGCCCUGAAAUUUCAGACCUUUCAGGCAACUUGUUGCUUGGAUGCUGCCCCUGAAUUGUUAAUUUUAAGAAAAUUCUGAUUUCAUUAUUGUUGUUGUCAGCCUCUUCAAGGUAAAUGUAUAACAUUUAUAUAAAUAUUGCUCAUGUUUACCAGUUCACUUAUCCAUGACAUUUGAAUUUUACCCACAUUUCAUCUAAACAUGUACUACCUAAUGGUCAGUAAAAUCACUUUUUUUAUUUGUUAAUUGUAUAUAUGUUAAUAACACUAAUAGGAUGAAUAAUGAAUUAUAUCUGACAUAGAUCAUAUUUUGUAUAUAGAUUAUUUAUUGUAUUUAAAUUAUAUUUUUUAUACAUUAUCAACAACAAUAAUUUAUUAUUUCAUUUUUAAAGGUUGCAAAAUUAAUGCCUUCAUUUUAAGCUAUGUCAGUGUCUGCAUCUUUAUUUAAAGACAUUUUGGUUCACAGACAUCAAUGUGAGUUUAAAUGUGUGGAUUUCUAUGAAAUGUUAGCACAAGGUUCCAUACCACAAUAGGACGAUUAUUACUGAGGUAAUUGUCACAGUGGUAUAGUAAUUAAGUGCUAACAUGGCUAAACAGGGACCAAAAUACUAUUUUUUUCUCAAUGAACAUACAUUUUGGUUCACAGAAGCUUUUUUAUGACCUAUCAUUUGCCUAAAGACUAAUCAGAAAAAGAAAAAAAAAUAUAAAAUUUAAUUUUUUGGGUACUUUUCUGCUAUAUGGACUCAUUUGUCAUUACAGUUAACCUUAAAAUACAGUCUACUGUUAAAGUUUUCAGUAAACAAUAACUUUGUAAAUCUUUCCUGAAUUUACAUAAAUUGGACUACUUUUUUAGCACAUGACUUGGUGCACCUUUACAAUAAAAUAGAAAAUAUGAGCCAAAAUUAUCCAAUUGAUAUGCUUAUCUUUAAAAUUAUUCUUUUUAUUCCCUUCAUGUUAUUAAUUGAAAAAGCUAAAUUUAAAGACAUUUCUGAUUUUUUUUUAUCCUUUGAAAAUUUGUCAAUUUUAUACUCUAACUACAAUAUUAGGUGGGGUAUAUUAUGUCACCUUAUCUGUGUACCUGUCUCUUCAUUCAGCAAAUGUUUUUGUUCACAUUUGACAUGGGUCCUACUAAUAAGAACACACAUAUUGUAGUGUUUACAUAUCCCCAGUCUUUUCAACUUUCAAGUUCUCAAUUUUCAUGAAACAGCCAGAUUUAAAAAGUGCUCACACAUUAUACAACCAACUCCUUUAAUAAACUACCAUUCUAUUCAAUUGUACUUGAGAAAUCUUUCUUUUUAAAAGUGCAUUCAACAUCAGUCUUACAGGUAGUAACUAUAUAAUCAAAUUUAGCUUAAGGGUUGUAUCAUUGAGUUAAUAAAGGUGUGCCAACUAGCACACAUGUGAGUCAAUUCUAAGGAAAAAAAUGGACCAACUACAGAUAUGUUCCACUCAAUCUAAAAUUUUAUUGGUGUUAUUAUGGUUUGUUUUGUGGAAAUUAUACAGUUCACUAGUAAUGUCUCAUUGACAAGGCAAACACUAGGUGAAUGUAAAGCAUCUAAAAACUGUAAAAAAUAAAAAGAAACAUAAAGCAUUAAACACAUGUAUUUAAAACUUAGCUAUCCUGAAGAAAUUUCAAGGGGGGAUUAAUGCAGCAUGUGUUUCAGGUGAAAAUGAAUAAUAUUUAGUCUGUGUUGUUGAAAUAUUUUUAUGAUAUCUAUUUACAAUCAUGUGUCAUUGUGGUUAUUGAAUAUUUAUAAAAUUAUCAUACUGCAUUUUUCUCCACUAGAAUAAUUCAGUGGAUCAAUUGUUAUAUUUAUUUUUGGCUUCCUAUACCAUUGAAUCACUGAAUGGAUGAGUUUUUAAUAUUUAAAAGUCUUAUAUACAUUUGUAUUUAUUUCAUUAUUAAAAUAGCAUAUUAGAUAUAUCA